UAGAAGAGGGAGAGAGAUAUAGAGAUUAGUAGCAGUAGCAUACAUGAUCCGAAAACGAGAGGUUAGAAUUGAACAACGAAGGCAGUAAUGGCAGUCCUCUCCUCCCUCCAAACAAACCCUCACUCCUCCCACACCUACACCACCAUCUGCAAACCCACCCCACCCUCUCUCCUCCUCCUCCGCCACCUCUACGCCGCCCGCCGCACCCGCCGCAAGCCCCAUGGCCUCCUCGUCCGAUCUUACAUGGAGGACUCCAACACCCUCUCCGGCUUCGCCAACAAGGUCCUCGGCUCCCUCCCCGUCAUCGGCCUCUUCGCCCGUAUCAUCAGCGAUGAAGGCGGCAUAGGCGGCGACAUCAUCGACUUCGCUGAGUUCCGCCGCAGAGUCGGAAACAAGUGCUCCGUCAAUGACUCCCGAGCCCUCUUCGAGCUCCAAGAUCGACGAGGCAAGGCUGGGGAUCCUCUGUAUGUGCUUCUCUGCUGUUGGCUAGCUGCAGUUGGAGCUGGUCUGCUUAAAUCUGAGGAGAUAUUGGAAGGAGUGGCCAGGCUUCGGAUUUCGAAUGAUAUCGAAUUCGAAGAAGAAAAUUUCAUUGCCAUGAUCAAAGAAUCAAGAGAGAAAAGAGCGCGGCUCAAUGCUCCCGUGCCCAAUAUCCCAAUGGCUGUUCGGGCGGAGAAAGCUCUUGAAGCCAUAUAUGUGUGUUGUUUUGGGAGAGAUCCUAUAGAGGAAGAAGAUGAGGAAUUGCUAUGUACCAUAUUGAAUGCUGUGUUUCCGGCUGCCGGAAAGGAAGAGGUUGAGAGGAUUGUGAGAGAGAAAGCACAGAGAAUCGCAGAUGGAACCGAUGAAAUCAAAGUCCCUGAGCCCAAGCCCUUGCCCAAAGAAGCUGUGGAGCUGCAAAUGAAAGAUCUUGAGUUUCUCAAGAAAGGAACCGAUACAUCGUAAACACAUCUUUUCUCUCUUCAUCUUCAACCAAAAACCAUGAAAUUUACUAGCAUCUUUCACACACUAUGUUUUGGGUAUAGAGCCACAUUUUGAGUA